CAAUUGAGUAUUGUCUAUUACUUGGAAAAGGCCAAGAAUUCUUUGGAAUCAAACAUGGAACAUUUGGCUUUGCCAAAUUUGCUCAGUGCUAGAAAGUUGACCAACUUUGAAUUUGUUUUAACUGGUGCUAAGGCUAAGAGAACGAAAUUCCAACAAGUUGCACACUCAGGAUUAAUAAUAUUGGCCAAAUCAAAUUAUUUCAAUGCUAUUAAAUCCUCUGGCAAGAAUCAAACACCAGAGAAUUUUGAUUUGAAUUCUGAUUUACUAUUGGAAAAACCACAUUUUGAAGAUAUUGGAAAUGAAAACUUGGAUGAACAAAUUAUCAAAAAGCAAAAAACAGAUUUACAGGAAAUCGAUUACUCAACUCUAUUACCGGUGUCUUUAAGAUCAGAAUACAUCCCAGAAUCUUUGAAAGCUCUCGACCCAAAUAAUCAACCAACUUUAUCAGAUUAUGACAACAUCCAACUGUUAUUACGUCUUUAUACCUUACGUCAGACUUCACCUUCAAAUGAUGCUUUGAUUUCAUCUCAAUUAAUGUCAUUGGUUGCCCGUGUCUUGUACCAGUCACAAAACACAUCAGUCAAUUAUACUGUUUUCUCAAGAGCAUUAUGGGAAAGAUCCAUUUUAGAAACUACAAAAGCACGUACUAUUGAACGUGGUAUAUUACAAAUGCAAUCUCUUGUUGAAGAAAUUGGAUUAAAGAUCCAAACAAAAUAUAUCCCUUCCACAACAGAAGUUUCAUCAGCUGCUACACGUUCAAAAUUCCUUUUCCAAUUGCCAUUAAUUCCUAGAUGGGAUUUGGAUACCAAACUUGCAGAAAAAUUCAUGUCAUUAGGUUUAGUUAAAAGUGCCAUUGAAAUUUAUGAAAGAUUGGGAUUAGAAGCUGAUGUCGCAUUAUGUCAUGCUUCUAUUGGUGAAGAAUCAAAAGCUUUAGAAAUCAUUGAACAAAGAAUUCAAACUCACCCAAAUGAUGCUAGGGCUAUUUCAAUAAAGGGUGACUUAACAGGUAAUCCUGAAUAUUGGUAUAAGGCUUGGGAUAUGGCAAAAUACGUCAAGGCAAAAGUCAGUCUUUGUAAAUAUUAUUAUUAUCCACCACAAGGUGUCACUAAAAACAUUGAAGAAUCUAUCAAACACAUGAGAGAUGCUCUAAGCAUCAAUCCUUUAAACUUUGCAAAUUGGUACUUUUAUGGUUGUUUAGGUUUAGAAUCAUCUCAGUUUGAGCUAGCUGCAGAAGCUUUCACUCGUUGUGUUGCAUUAGAUGAUUCCAAUUCUUUGGCUUGGUCCAACUUGGCAAGUGCGCAUGUAAGUCUUGAUAGAACAAAAGAAGCAUUUGCAGCUUUGAAGAAAGCAGUGGCCACGGAUGAUAACAAGAAAAGUUGGAGAAUUUGGGACAAUUAUUUGCUUGUUGCUGCUAAACUACGCGAUUGGGAUGAAGUUUUAUUAGCCUGUAAAAGAUUAGUGGAGAGUAAAAAGGAAAAAUCAGGUGAAGGUUCAAUAGAUAUACCUAUUGUUGAAAAAUUAGUCGAAAUAUUAGUUUCAAACCCAUAUCCUGAAGAUGAAUGUGAACUGACGUUUUUCCAGAAAUCUUGUCUUGAAUUCACCACGGUUACGUUACCUAGUGUUAUAACAUCAUCCGCUAGACUAUGGAGAAUUAUCGCAAGAGUUGAAUUAUGGAGAAAGAAGCCUUGGGCAAGUUUGGAUUGUCAUGAGAAAGCUUACAGAGCUAUAAGUCACAACCCAGAUUUAGAAGUUGAUGAAAAGGUUUGGAAUGAGACAGUUGAAGCAUGUUCAGACUUAGUUGCUGCUUAUGAAUCGUUGGGUGAGUUACCUGGUAAACAUGGUGCUGGUGAUUUAGUUUGCAAAGAUUGGAAAUAUAAGGCAAAAUCUACAAUCAAGUCAUUAAUGAGUAAAGGUAAACAAAGUUGGGAAGAUUCAGACGGAUGGGAACAACUGACAGAGCUGAGAUCUGGUUUAUAGAUGGAUAAUAGAUGUAAUACAGUCUUACUUCACAAUAUUGUAGUAUCACAUCAGUCACAUUCACAAUCAUCAUCAGCAUAUGUUUGCUCUUGGUCUUCAAUCACUUUGUCUAAAGGAACAAUUUUAUUCAACAACCAUCUACACCUUCUCCAGUUGUAAUAAACAAAAGAUUGAUGAUCAGCUGAUAUCAACUCGUCAAGCAGGUUGACACAAGUGUUCAAAGAAGUGCGACUAGCUUCAGAGGUUUCAAAUCUAAGGACCCAAAUGAAAGAAUAGAUGAAAAAUGCGUAGCCGCUUCCAGAAAUCAAAGCCUGUUUCAGCAUAACAGCAAACACAAUCAAAUCAAGAUGAGAUGCACCAAUCAACAUAGGGAUUUCAAGAAAGUUCAAUAAUGGCGUUAUUGCAACAGCGAAUGCGCUUUCUGGGAUGACCUGUGUAGUGAUAAAAGUUGUAAUGUUCAAAGAAGAAUAAAGGUAGAAAGGCAAUAUCUUG